AAAAAUAUUAAGUUGAAAAAAAUUAAGUGUUAAAUAAAUCUCAAAGACGUUAAGUGAUUAAUUCGAUCUGGAUACCUGCUACCAUGGCUUUAAGAAAUGUAACGGCUACAACUCUCAAAGAAAUGACGGCCCUUUUAACAAGAAACCGUAACAUAGCAACAUCAACACAAAAAAUGGAGGCAUAUCCGUCUUCUCGUUCCCUUAGAAGAAAGAGCUUAAAAGAGGAAUUGUUGCCAAAGGGAAAACCCAUACGAGAUUACGUCCCGAUCAGUGUAGCCCUAGGAAUGAUAGGAUUGUCUUUAACGUUUGGACUCCUCACCGCAAAACAACAGUUGUUGUAUGCCCCAGACGUCCACGUCAACAAGAGUAGGAGAGAAACUUUGCCGGAGGUGAUGGAACCCGAAGAUGUAGCUCGUGAAUCUGAGGAGUUCGUUAAGAAGUCUUUCUUCCGAAAGGUUGCUCGUAUUCAAGAGGAAAAGGAUCCCGUUAUUUCUAACCCCAUUCGAGGAGAUCCCCUCACAAGGAAGCUACGAGUGGAAUCGUUGAAGACAGUAGGAGUCGACCCCUGUUGAAGUUGGUGUAAAGAUGCUAUUAUUUGAUAGUUGAAGGACGUUUCACGUUACUACGCUAUGUGGAUUUUAUGUUCGUUCACCCAAAUGUUUAAUUAAUUUUGUGGUACACUGGAUUGGAAAUUAGCUAUGUACACUGGAGUGGGUUAUCUAUUUAAUGGCCAAAUAUGCUUGGACAAAAAAAACUUUGAAAUCUGGAUGACCCAAUAUUAAUCUUAACUCAAGUAGAGAUAGAACAAAAAACGAGGACCCAAACUUG